GAGGAGUGGAGGAGUGUGUCUAACAUGGGAGAAGGAAACUAUAAAGAAUUGUUUGAGUUUUUAAAAGAAAGUGGUUCAAUGAAGAGGAUCGAAGUUUGAGGUUGGGUUUUAUUAAUUUAUAUUUAUUUAUUUCCAUCAUAGUGGGGGGCGGUGAUGCACCGUGAAGGUCAGGGGCCACCCGCCAUCAAACAACAACAAAAACAACCACAACAACCACAACAACAACAACAACAACAACAAGAAGAAGAAGAAGAAGAAGAAGAGUUCCGCUGUGACGCGCUUCAGUAACACCGCGACGCUCCCUAACCGCAGCUGCACCGUCACGUCACCGGAAACACGCGUCACAGUUGACGGCCCCUAAACUUUCUGAUGAAAUCUCCGAAGAAGAAGCGACGAAGACCCGAGCCGAGCCGAGCCGAGCCCGAGUCCAGAAGACCUAACAGGAUCCGAACCAGGACCGGGGAGACUUUAACCCGCAUGUAGACUCACCUCCUCCGGGUUCAAGCUCUGACAUCUGUCGCUGUGUGCGGAACUAACCGUCAGCUAGCUGCUAAGCUAACCCGCUGCUAGGCUAACCCGCUGCUAAGCUAGCCCGCUGCUAAGCUAACCCGCUAGCUGCACCGGCUCUACGGAAUCCGACUCGAUGGAUCCGGUUCCGGACUCGGACCUGGUUCUGUCCUCGGACCGGGACUCGACCGUGCUCAGCUUCUGUUCCAAACUGUCCACGAGGAAGGGGCCCAGCCCCCGCGGAGCCCGCCCGGCCGAGGGCUCCUGUUCCCCGGGCUCCCGGUGCUCGAGGAGCCGGUGUGAGAGUCAGUGAAGCUCCGGAGAUCCAGUCUGAGACCAGGACCUGGACAAGGACCAGAGAUCCAGUCUGAGACCAGGACCUGGACCAGGAGGAGAGAUCCAGUCUGAGACCUGGACCUGGACCAGGAGGAGAGAUCCAGUCUGAGACCAGGACCUGGACCAGGAGGAGAGAUCCAGGAAAGACUUUGAAAGUGUUAAAGUGUGUGAAGCUGCUGCUGAGACCCAGACCUGGACCCGGACCAGAACCCGACCUGGACCAGCACCCGGACUGUGUCACUUUUAUAUUUAUUUUUAUUUGACACUUUAACGCCAGCGCCAUGUUGAGGAGUGGGACGGAGGACGGACAUGUCUCCAGCGGACAGAGCUCGUCCUCUCGGGCCGGCCGCGGGGUCUCGUCAGGCGGUCUGGUCCCUCAGGAGAGUCCGUGGAUCGGCCUGUUCUCCGUGGUGUCGAGGCCCGCGCUGUGCUUCGUGCAGAGGUUCCUCCCGGGUCGGGUUCCGGUUCCGGCUGACGAGGGCCCCCGGGGGACCGGGUCCGGGACCGGGACCGGGUCCGCUUCUCAGAUCCGCUUCACCGAGGAAGGAGGAGACUUCUUCAAGCAGCUGGAGCACGUGACGCAGCACGCAGCCGCUCAGCUGACCGACACGUGGUGUCAGCAGGGACCCGGACCCGGGGGGCCACUGGGACCCGGACCCGGCUCUGGACCCGGCUCCGCCCCCCCGUGGCUGACCGCCGCGGCUCUGCGGGACUUGGGCAUCGAGGACCCCGGGGAGCUGAGCCUGGGUCCGCCCACCCGGGUCGGGGGCGUGUCAUCUGUCAGGACCUUCCUGAACCCGGUCCUGAUGAACCCGGUCCUGAUGAACCCGGUCCUGAUGAACCCGGUGUCAGCUCAGGAAGUGAAACCCACGUGGUGGGGCAGUCUGUGGGGGGGUGAGGACAUUUCACAGAGAGCUUUGUCCUGGACUGAGGACCAGACCCCCCCACCCCCUGCAGGGUCACCGCCCCCCCCUGCAGGGUCACCGCCCCCCCCUGCAGAGGACUGGACUGUGAGAGAACCCUCUGGAGCCGCUGAGCACAAAGAGGGGGGGCCGGACAGUGAGGGUCUUCACACAAUCCAGAACCCAGGGGGGGCCACGGCAGAGCUCAGCAGCCCGGGAGGCGGAGCCUGCAGCGAGCCUCUGACCCCGGAGCAGGACCACGGUUACUCCAGCCUGGAGGAGGAGCUUCUCCUGUUGAAGAACUCCAGUGACGAGACGGGAACCUGUGAGACCCCCAUGCAGGACCAGAGGUCUGAGGGGACAUCAGAGACCCCCAUGCAGGACCAGAGGUCUGAGGGGACAUCAGAGACCCCCAUGCAGGACCAGAGGUCUGAGGGGACAUCAGAGACCACCGACGAGGACAGACCACCACACUCAGCUGAUGAGGGUCCGGCCGUGGACAACAUGGCGCCCGCCGGCCCCCCCGAGUGCCAGAACAAAGCCAUCGCCUUCAUCAUGGGCUGCCCCUGCAGCGACGAGGAGGACAGCAGCCAAUCAGAGUCCAGCGAGGAGGAGGAGGAGGACGAUGGGUUCGACAGCGAGGGCUCGUCGGACCUGUCGGACUCGACUGAUGAAGAGGAGGAGGAGUCAGACGGCGAGGGCGACGGCGAGGGCGACUCGGAGUCCGAGCGUCUCUGGAACGCGUUGUGUCAGAGCGUGGACCCGUACAACCCCCGGAGCUUCAGCGCCCAGCUGCACAGCACGCCGCCCAGGCCCGUUCCCACCGCCACCCGCACCGCCACACCCCCCUCUCCCCCCGCCUCCUCCCCCCCCUCCGGCCUGGACGUGUGGGACGACUCGGCCUCGGCGAGCGAGGCGGACGAGGUGGAGAGCCUCCGCCUGCUGAGCUCCUUCAGCUGCUCGUCGGACCCCUACAGUCCUUUGAACUUCCAGGCGCCCAUCAGGACCACAGGGACACACAAGGUGGGGCCAGAGGCCAAGAGGGCCCCCCGGACCCCCCCGGGCCCCCCCCACCACAAAGCAGCUUCUCCUCCUGAGUACAGGAAGGAGGAGGCCGAGGAGCGACUGGACAGCGGCUUCUCUGAGCCCCCGGCCCCCCCCCCCUCCUCCUCCACCUCUCAGAGCGCGGCCUCAACCAAGAAGGUGCGUUUCUGUGAGCGAGUGGAGGAGAUCUUCCUGGGCGGGGGGGAGGACCGCCGCGGCCCCUGGGAGCAGCUGGCCCGGGACCGCGGCCGCUUCCUGCGGCGCUGCCAGGAGGCGGAGCAGAGCAUCGGCUUCUGUCUGCAGCCGCAGCACCGCCGGCUGGUCGUCCUCCGGGGCCAGGGCACCCCCCCCACCCAGGAGGAAGACGCACCUGGACGCAUCUCACACUGAUUCAAUGAGAAGCUGCAGGUGUGGAUCAGAAACAAACAUUGUCAUCAUACUGACGAGAGACAGAGACUCAAAGACACAAAGACUCAAAGACUCAGAGACACAGACUUAGAUCUGCUGGACUCUUCACUGACUCGAGUCCUCGUCUGUUGUUCUGCAGCUUCGUCAACUAAUAUAUUAAGAUUCAGGGAAACUUUCUGACAAACGUAUUUAAUAAACCUGAGAGGUAUUGGUGAAGUACUGGUGAAGUACUGGUGAAGUACUGGUGAAGUACUGGUGAAGUAUUGGUGAGGUACUGGUGAAGUACUGGUGAAGUACUGGUGAGGUUCUGGUGAGUGUGGAGGUUUCUGUCCUCAGUGAACAUGUCUUCAGUGUCUCUGCUGUUUCAUCAUGAGAAACAGAAUCGUUGAUCUCAGUAUUAAUGAAUUUUAUUUCUGAUCAGUUUUAUUUUAAAGUUUUAAAGUCUUGAUUUGUCGUAAACAUCAACUUUUUAAACCGAUGAGAAAUGAAUUGAUCAACUUCUCUGUGACUCGAGAGUCAAACUGCAGCCGGACUCUGAAUCUUUGCAGCUCGGUUUGUUUGAGUUUCGUCUCUGAAGCCAAAGAUGAACAGUGGUCAUGUGACAGGAAGUGGAAUCUGCAUGAACUUCCUUGAGGAUUUAUCAGACUCUAAUCACUGAUAAUCGAUGCACCUGAUUGGUGUGAUGUUCACCACUGUGGAAUAAAAAGUAAAGAAUCGUC